CCGCAUGUUUCUUCAGGAUAAACUGCCGCAACUCAAGAUCGUCCAGAUCUCCUCUUCCCUGGCCGUCGGACAUGCGCUUCCCCCCUCUUCUCUGCCCGAGAACAUCCCCCUCUGCCCUUCGCUCCCUCCGUCCGCUCCCCGCCCUCUCAUCGUCGCGUCCUCUCCACACAUCCCUCGCUCAUCCUAACAGCUCCCAAUCCCAGUCAGACCUUCCAGUCGACGGUGCCACUGACCUCUCCCAUUCCCAUUUCAUCUCUUCUGCCUCUCCCAGCUCUGAUUUCAACCCUGCCCAAACACCCAAUGCAGGGCAAGACAUCGCUCAUGCAUUAAAGGCUCAGUGGGAGGGCAAACUGUCCCCAACUACGUCCCACCUGUUCAAGCUUAUUGUGCCCCUUCCGGCACCUGGCUGCCAACCGGGCCAAACUCCGACACCCCGUCCUACAGCUUUUCUUUUACAUCCUUCCCAGCCUUUGUCUCAUUUGAGCAGACUUAUCUCAGGCUCCCUCCCACCACCUUAUACCCACUCGGACAUCUCUUACCUCGCUCUAACCGGCUCGGAGUCCGAUGUAGAUACACACUUGCGUAAUGCCGAAAAGUCCUCGGAUAACAGCUCUACAAAUGAGAACGACUAUGCAGGUCGUGAUGAAGGUGGUCCUUUCCUGACCGAAAGAAAAGGGGAAGGCGGUAGAUGGCAGGAAGUCGCCUGGAGCCAAAGUACUGACCUGAGCGAUUUUAUCAAGCAGAGCUGCUUGAAUGAAAAGUUUAAGAUUGUCAUUUCGCCUGAAAGAGACAGGGAUGGGGCGCAGCUCAAGGGGAAAGAGACAGAGUUACGUGAGCUGGUUCUGCAGGUGCUCAUACCGAGCUUUGCUAGUCGGACACAUUACAUUCGCAAAAGACUAUUGUCCUUGACUAAAGAUCUGGAUACACUCAACAAAGAAAAAAGGAGGAUUGACUAUGCUGCCCACAAGGGUGCGCAGAGAUUGGCAGUCAUGGCGCUUGGAGGUGGUGUAGUCUACUGGGGUACUAUUAUCCGUUUUACCUUCUUCACAGACGCCGGAUGGGACAUGAUGGAGCCUGUCACCUGGGCUACAGGCUUCGCCGCCCUUCUUGGAUCAGCCGCUUUCCUCAUCUACCACAACCGCGAAGUCUCCUACUCUUCCCUCCUCGACCUCUCCAUCACCGCCCGCCAACGUAAACUCUACGCGGAGGCAGGGCUAGACCUCGAAAAAUGGACAGAGAUGGUCGCUGAAGCGAAAGCGUUGCGGAAGGAGAUUGAGAGAAUCGCAGCGGAUUAUGACAUUGAAUGGCGUGGAGAGUUGGAAGGUUUGGAAAAGGUUGGUAGUCGGGAAGGGGCCGGUGGAGGUUCGCCGAGGGUAGGGUUGCCUGGUGUAGAGAUAGGGGAAAAGAAGGAGGAUGUAAGAGAGAACGUUGAUGCCAAGGAUGGAAGUAAAGAGGGGGAAAGGAAAGAGAUGGAAGAGGAGAAUGAGACCAAACUGCAAGGGGAGGAAGGAAAAGUAGAGACGGAAAAAAUUGAUGUCGACAAGACGAUCGAUGAGGCGUCAGAGUUGGCUGAAGAGUCCGGGGAACAGCGAAGUCGCACCAAGGCUGCGCAAAGAAACGGAGAAGUCAUGGAUUCGUCGGAUGAUGACAAGGGGUCUAAAACUAGAAAGGGUGAAGAGCAAGAGAGUGAUAGCGUAACCAAAGGCAGAGCAGCUGCCAAAAAGGUUAUUAACGAAAAAUAGAUUCCCUGUAGCCAUAACCUAGCAUGCCAUACACCCACACUUGUAGACUAACCUAUGCAUUUACCCCCACC